ACAAACCGAAUUUCGCUUGUAGAGAUUGUGCCGGAGUUGUCGUGUGUGGUGAUAGCUACCCAGACUGGGUUGGUUUCCAUCUUCCGGCUCACCGAUUUCCGCGGUAUCAAGGGGAUGCGUCCGGAACACUUGUUUCCAAAUACCGAGAAGUUGUGCAAACGGGAAAAUGGAUACCGGUCUAUUGUGGGGUUGACAGUCAAGAAGAUUAACCAUUUGCGGUUUGUGUUGUAUGUCACGUAUACAGACUACUUUGUGUUGGCCUACGAGCUC